AGCAGCAAUAAUAUUCCAGAUUAAUGUUUUCUUCUACUUCAUUAAUUUAUUAUUUAAGACAAAUAACAGGAGACUACUUCGGCUUUACUGUCGUCUUAAAAAAAAAAAAUCCUCUGGUCAUAUCAGCGCGCGCGCGCGCGAGAGUGAGUGAGUGAGUGAUGUCACUGGCCUGCGGACGUCUCCAUACUGUCACUUUAACUCCUGUGUCGUCCAGGAGGAGGAGGGGGGGGGGCAGGCUCGUGAGGCUUUCCUUCUCUCGGACUCGUGUGCAGCAGCUGCAGCAGAUUGAAUGAACGUUUGCAGGCUGCUGGCCACGCGCAGGUCUGUUCAACAUGCCACAGAUGAACAGCGACGAUGCAUCGUUAUGUUUUUGUAGCUAGGGUGGAUUUCAGCCACGACACAUUUCUCCAGUAGCCCCCACUGUCCCCUCCCUUUUUUUUUUUAAAGAAAGCUGCAGGGCCUCGUGAAAGCAAUCACCGCCUCGAUGGUCUCUGGACAGCAGCGCACUGAACAGGCGGACUGGCAGCUCUGCGCGGAUGAUAAAGAAUUUGCGAAGGGAAACGGUCAAGAUGGCAGCUGUGUGCGGACUGAUAACGCUGGUGUGGUGGCAUUAGGCGAAGUCAUUUUCCAUUUUCUCUGGUAUGCACGUUUGCAGUAUCGCGGCGCAGGACGCGGGCGCGUGUGAAGGAAGACUCUCCGCCGACUCUUCCCAUCUUUAACCUCGCAUUUCGCGAAAUUGCAAUGCAUGCUGGCCAGGGUGUGGGCUGUGCGCGAGGAAAGGCGAUGUUCUGUUAACGCUGGUCAGCCCGAUCAGCUCCUGUGUGCUGCGGAUAGACGCCUUGCGGGAGGACAGAGAGACAGACACGUGCUGGGACUGGGCUGCGGGCUGGACAUUUGCAUACCGUGCAUAGGUAAAUAAACGGUCUCUGAAGCCUGCACGCAACAUUGAUGGAAUGCGACCCGAGUGAAUUUAUAACCCUUUGUGCAGCGACCGAGAUAUUGCGAUUAACAUGGCUGAGGCGCUGCGCCACGGCGACGAGUCCCCCUCCAACGUUGAGAUAGAUCCGGAUUUCGAGCCCCAGAAGCGGCCACGGUCCUGCACUUGGCCCCUGCCCCGUCCGGAGUCUGGCGCGGACAAGCCCGGAACAAAUGACACUGACGUAAUCCCCGAAGAAGAGGAUGAUGAGCACGAGGGUUGCGGCGCGGACAGCGGCGAUGCUCAGAAAGCCAGCGGUGGUGGUGGUGUUAAGUCGCGCUCGUCUCCCAGCAGCUCCGUCUCCCACCCUGUGGAGGACCACCGCGGCCCCUGCAGGGAGGAGGCCGCCGAUGGUUCGCCUUCCUCGGCGCAGACCCCCGCCGCGGCUCUGGGCGGCUCUGCCUCCCAGCAGCUGAGGAAGUCCUCCGCCCGCAGGAACGCUUGGGGCAACUACUCCUAUGCAGACCUCAUUACGCAAGCCAUCGAGAGCUCCCCAGAGAAAAGGCUGACCUUGUCCCAAAUCUAUGACUGGAUGGUGAGGUCUGUGCCAUAUUUCAAGGACAAAGGCGACAGCAAUAGCUCUGCUGGCUGGAAGAAUUCCAUCCGACACAAUCUGUCCCUCCAUAGUCGUUUUGUGAAAGUCCAGAAUGAAGGAACGGGGAAGAGCUCCUGGUGGAUGGUCAACCCAGAAGGUGGGAAAGGAGGCAAAGCUCCCCGACGACGAGCCGUAUCGAUGGAUAACAGCAAGUACAUCAAAGGAGCCCGAGGACGGGCCACCAAGAAGAAAGCCUCGCUGCAGGCAGCUCAAGAAGGCAGCUCGGAGAGCUCCUCCAGCCUCUCCAAAUGGACGGGGAGUCCCACCUCCCGCAGCAGCGACGAGCUGGACGCCUGGACAGACUUCCGCUCCCGGACCAAUUCCAACGCCAGCACACUCAGCGGCCGUCUGUCCCCGAUCCUUGCCAACCUGGAGCUGGACGAGGUGCCCGAUGACAACUCGCCCCUCUCCCCGAUGCUGUACUCCAGCCCCAGCAGCAUGUCCCCGUCCACGGGGCCCACAGGGCUCUCUGACCUGGCAGGUACCAUGAACCUCAACGACGGGCUCUCUGACAACCUCAUGGACGACCUUUUAGACAAUAUCAGCCUGACGGCAUCCCAGCAGCCUCCUCCUGGAGAGGAAGAGAACGGCGACAACGGGCAGGGCAGCUCAGUGUUUACCUUCAGCUGCUCGGGGAGCAGUCUGGGUAGCCCUGCUGGCAGCUACGUGCCGAACCCUCUUUUUAGCCCGCCGUCCAUCACGAGCCUGCGGCAGUCGCCCAUGCAGACCAUCCAGGAGAACAAGCAGACCACCUUCUCCUGCAUCUCGCACUUCAGCGACCACCAGACCCUGCAGGACCUGCUCAACCUGGACCCCCACAGCCACAGCAACGUCAUGCUCACCCAGUCUGACCCGCUGAUGUCGCAGGCCAGCACCGCCAUCGCCCUGCAGAACUCCCGGCGAAACGCCAUGCUGCUCCGCAAAGACCACACGUUGGUGAACCACACCAGCGCAGGUGAGGCCCAAAGCUCCUCAGUGCCUGGUUGGCAAGCUGGCUUGUCAACCUCUGACAAAGACGCCGGCCCCGCCGACGCCAAGCAGCCGCUCCUGAGGUCUCCCAGCAAGAACGACUCUAUGCAGCUCGGCUCUGGUUUGUCCGGCCAGGAUCGCUUUUCCGCCGACCUGGACCUCGACGUGUUCAACGGCAGUGAGUGCGACAUGGACUCCAUCAUCCGCAAUGAACUGAUGGACGCAGACUGCCUGGACCUCAGCUUCGACUCUCGCCUCACCGCCGCUCAGAACGCCAACAGAAAUUCAGGAAGCUUCUCCAGCUCGAAAAACACGUCCCCUCACAGCUGGGCUGAGGAGCUCAGUCAGAGCUGAGCAUGGGGUUUAAAAACAAAAACAAAGAAGUCGGGAAAAUGUAAAUUGGGGUUCAUUGUCCUGCGUCAGGCAACUAGAGGGAAGAAACUAUGUAAAAGGGUAUUCAUGUAGUAUUUUUUUUUUCCCCAUUAUUUUUAACGUGAGGCAUUCAGUUUGGUACCGUAUUAUAAGUGUCCGAGACACACAAUGGUGUCUUCACAGUGGAGGGGAAAAAAAAUCUUUUAAAAAGAUCAAUGCCUGGGCGCUGUGAACAACAGCACUGACUGGAAGUACAGGACGUUUUGUUAAAACUAUAUGAAAAGCAUCUACUCGUGUUAGUCUCAGGGAAUCACUCAUGCAGUAUCACAAAGUGGUACAUGGAACUGAAGAUGAAUUCUGUUUCCACCCUGCUUUCUCUCAUCUCUCGCACCCUUUCAUACCUAAACCUGAAACAUUUUUGCCAAACCAGCUGUCAGCCUGUUGUGAGUGACGGCCUGUUUACAGAAAAAGCUGCAGAGAAUGUUACAUUAUUACGUUCCAGUGGAGGAUACUUGACUAGCUUUUUUUAUUUCUAUUUUAAUGUUUCUUUGAGAGGCUAAAUGUUAAUGACCCCCCCCCCCCCCUUCCAUUGAUGCACAGUCACCAAAUAUCGAUCUGUAGAGGUUAAUAUGUGUUCAAGAUGUGAACUGAUCUACAUUGUGUGGUUUUCGUACGUAAUGUUUAUUUUACCCCGUGAUUUUAGUGACAUAACUGUGAAUUCUGUUCCUUCUGAAGAGGUGCGUUACUGAAGUCUUGAUAAAAUGGUGUUUCUGCUGCAGAUCCCUUUUCACCAUCUUCUCCUCCUCCUCCUCUUCCACUUACUGCAAUAUUGGAAGCACUGCUCAGUACACAGAGUUUAGGACAGAAUUAAGGACCGUGUUUGGUAGGAAACAUGAUGUAGCUCUAGUUGACACCAUUUAUAUUAGUGAACACGUACGACUAUUUGGAUUGAAAAUAACCACCGUUAGAGACUUGACGGCACUCGACUACGAUAUUUUGGUGUUUGUUAAUUUGAAGGAGUUGUUGGUGCUAUAAAUAAGAGGAUAGGGAGUGGCUGCAGAUGGAGCAGCAUCAGUAGCCUCCCCUCUGUUAUCAGCACUAUAGCAGGUGCUGGGGUCAAAUAGUGUUUCCACCUCUAUAAGAGGAGGCUGCGUAGCAUCUUAGAACCAUUUUGCCAUUUGAGAAAGAAACCACAUUAUUUAUAUAUUGCCAAAAUAUUUCUGCAUUUAAUGAAGUGGAAAUAAGAAGAUAUACAGUGUAUCGAUAUUAGGAACCAGUGCUAUAAUCAUCAGCACAGUUUUGUAGGAACGGCAGGAUGAACUUUUUUUUUUUUUUUGCAUCUAUAUCAGCUGGAAACUCACUGAAUUUAUUUAUUUUACUUUCCAUAUGUACAUAUUUUGUGCUUUAUUUUUUUCCCACACGAGGUGUGGUAGAGCUGUGUAACAGCACGUUUGUUUUAAUGGUUUAUUCAACAUUUUGACCGCCACAAACGGCAAUUUGUGCCUAAAAUGGUGUCGUCCUCUUGAGUUGAGAAAAUCCAAAUGUCACAGAAAUAUAGAAUCUCCCCCCUUUUUUUUUUAUUUUUUUUUUACACAAAUUCUGCACACGGGUGCUUCCAAAUACCAUUUUUCUAGCUUCACAUGGGUGAUUUUAUACCAACUUGAAGCUCCUUUUCUUUUUCUUUGACAUUAACCUUGAGUAACUCUCACUGCCAAUAUUCAAACUCCUUUUAUUCCUAUUGCUCCUACAGAAACAGAAGCGACACCAAGUUGACAUUGCCAGUUGUAAUUCCACUUCCUCUCUUGGUUGUAUCAGAGGUGGUGCAUGUAAAUAAAGCUUAAAGAACCACUGACAAUCUGGAGUUGGUUUGAUCUGCCUUUGUUUUAUUUCUGUCUCCAGAGGAAUUGCACAGCUGCUGAUUUGACUUUGCAGGCACCAAGGAGGCGAUUUGCUAUUGGGUAAUCACCUCAUGAGCUAAGAGCCAAUCACACACUGUAUCCAAGAGGAAUGCUUGUUGAGGUAGGUGCUGCUCAACAACUGGUGCAUAAUCAAAUAUUUGCAGUAUGUGUUGUAUAUUUAAAAAAUUCUGUUGACGUGGUAUGUAUCAACAAAGCCAAACAUCAUUGACAUCAUAGUCUAACAAACAGGACUCCAGUGUAACGUUGGAGCCCUCUACAGAUGAAAUGCAGUCAGCAUGAGGAGGCAGAGGUUUGGCAGGAUUUAAGAAAGUCUAAAUGUUUGGAUUCCCCAGUUCCUAGGCGUGUUGAUCCUGAGCCAUGUGUGACGUGUACAGAGUAGUGUCCUCCUCUGUCACAGUGGGGCAGAUGGAGGCAGAUCUGUCGCGUCAACUCUCAGCACUCCGGGCGGAAAUUGAGGAGAAUGGAUUUGCUCAAGAAGCGGUGCCGUCCAGAUGCUACAGGUGUGGAAGCUCGGGUAAUGGUUGUGUGUUACUGGUGUUUGUUUUGCUGUCUGGGUUGCCAGGUAGGUGGCACUUAAAGCCCCCUCGUCCACUCAAAAAUGUAAUUUCCUUGUUAGAUGGAUGUCUGAGCUUCACUGUGCAGAACGAUGUAUGUGGAGAGUUCUUUUUAAUCUGCUGAAGGGGUAAAGUUUCUCUGUGCUAACCUUAAAUCAGAGUUUCACACGUUCAGGAUUAUUUUAUGACGUCUUAACUAGUUUGGAAGCCAAUUGUGGUCCAGCAGGCAACUUACACUGACGCUCUAGUUUUUUUUGUGGGAAAACCAUCAAAUUAUUAUUGUAAACAGAUUAUUUUAGAUAAAUCUGGAAAUAUGUCUAGAUUGCUAGUUAGUUGGAACUUUUUUAGAUUUAUUCUCAGUGAAAACAUGAUUAUCAAAAACAAUAAUUACAAUUAAAUGUGUAAAACUGAACUGAUUUUCUGAAUUGUUGACGCAGCGUUUGAAAUUGGCAGCUUCCAAAUCCUCCGUCGCUCUCGGGAAGGAGACGUUGGUGGGUCGGUGCACCAGUUUGGUUCAGGCUGAAAUAUCUUAACUACUUAUUGGAUUGUCAUGUCAUUUUGUUCAGACAUUCAUGGUCCCCAGAAAAAUGAAUCCUCAUGACUUUGGUCAUAUAUUCACCAGAAAAUGAGUUGUUGUUGACUCCUUAACUUUGAACAAAGGCCUCUGUGGCCACGACAAGGGUAAUGCUAAAACAUUGCUAACAUUAGCUUGGUCCUACCAGACAGAAGGCUGUAGUAAAAACUGCAAGUGUGUUGCAUUUUAUUGCAAAUUAAUUCAACUUUUAAUUUGUAUAAAGAUUUCACGUUGUCGUCUUUCUUCAUAGCUUUCAUUGCGGGUUGGCGGGUUUUUUGUGCAAUUAAUUUCUAGCUUUGUUUCAGUUCUGUUCCGCCUCCAAAAGAUGUUUCCUUCUUCCGCGUGGAGAGAGAACAUGCACCGAGGAGAGAGAACAUGCACCGAGGAGAGAGAACAUGCACCGUGGAGAGAGAACAUGCACCGAGGAGAGAGAACAUGCACCGUGGAGAGAGAACAUGCACUGAGAGGGCUUCAGGUCAGACAGAAAAAUCAUUUGUUCAUUUCUAGGUUGUUAGAGGCUUUACAGCCUUUUGAUGAUAUUUAAUGCUCGCUUCAAAGAUCAACAUGUACUUGAUUUUUACUGAACAACCCUCCUCCUGGAUGCAGGUGGCUGAAGCUUUGCCGGUUCAGUCUCAGGCUGACGUCAUGCAGAAGGAGCGGGAUAGUUGCUUGAGUUUAGAGUACACUGCUGACAGUCUGCCUCCACUUCUACACCAGGUGAGGACGUUACAAACACUCCAGAAAAUAGAUCAUAAAGAAGUGUUAAUAUGCUGUAGAAAAGAAUUUAGACAUGAGUAAUGUCAUUUAACCACAGUUCUACACAGACAGAUCGUAUCACCUGGCUCAGAUCAAAUACCUGCUCAUGCUGAGAUGGAGGAGAUUCUGCCGCCACACCAGCGUCAUUGAGAAGAUUUAUCCUCGUAACAAGGUGGCAAUGUCUCGUUUUACCAGCACUUAAAAAAAGAACACAAUAAGACUCAUGUCAGAUUUCCUUCUGGUGGCUCAUCCUCCUUACAGCUCAUGUUCUGCUACUACAGAGGCGUAAGAGAGGAAACGUAAAGGCAGCAAAAACCUAAAUAUUGGUGCUUCUAUAAUUUCAUUUAAUUAAAAAAGUGAGGUUGCGAUUAACCAUCUUCAUUAUUGAUUCAUCUGCAGAUUAUUCUCUCAAAUGUCAGAACAGUUUCCUAAAGCCCAAGGCGCAAUCACCAAACUGAUUUCAUUUUGGGUCAAGAGUCCAAAACCCCAGUUUAAUAUCACAUAAGACAAGCAGCAAAUAUGUAUAUAUACAAGAAUUGGGGAUUUGACGAGUAAGUACGAGGACUCCGUUCAGAGAGCACGCAGAGAGAAGAUGGUAUAUUAUGUCAUAAAAGCCAUAAAAAAGUCUCAAGCUAUCGUCAAAGUAAAAAAAUUAAACACUUUUCCUUGACCUCGGUGGAAUAUGUCAUGAGGACGUGAAGUAGAAUUCAUGAGGAUUUAAGAAAAGACAACCGCGGUGCUCAGUCACGCAAAUAUGAUGCGACCGCACACAGUUUUAUUAGUCAUAUUUGUUAUUUUCAAAGCUAAUAUAUAAUAUUCAUUUAACAAGGCAUUUUAUUAUCCAUUAUAUUUAAGCAUGUCAUCCACCACAGUCAGAUACUGUACAUGUGUCUUCCCCUCCAAACACAGUGAAACAGUUUGAUCCAUAUUUCAGUUUCACGUCACACUUUCAUGUAAGAUUGAGUAAUGAUGCAAUCAUCAAUUGAAAAUACAAUGUCUCAAAAUAAACACUAUUGAGUCAGUCCAUCGUAUUGAGUUGACAUUUUCCCAUUUUAACUAUAAAACAAAGUCUCUGUGUGCUGACAAGAAUAAAAAAUAGAUGGUUUGCUUUGGGAAAUGGUUGACAGAAUAUGUAAAUAAAUAGAAUUUGCAUUAAUUUCGUCCAUUACCCGAUUAUUAAUGUAAGGCAGCAGCAUUAUCCGUCUAGCUUUGGCCCAAACUCAGCUGUCCUGCGGCAGCCCGGUGGUGUACAGGUAGGAGACGGUCCCAGCCUGGAUCUGAAACGUCUGUCCCUGGAUGUGGUGGCUGGAGAUCUGCUCAUUGGUCUGGCUGAUGGAGAUGGGCUGGCUGCUCUGGCUGCUGAUGUGAAUGGCCUGGCCGUGCUGCUCCCUGCUCACCGGCCCCUGCGGGACGUCCUGAGCGACAGCCAGGUGCUGGAUCGGCUGGUGCACCAACUGCAGCUGCUGGACGGGUCGCUGCGCCAUCUGAAGGGGCUGCGGGGGACCGUGAUGGGCCUGCAGGUGCUCCAUCGCCUCUUUACUCAGGGUGAUGACGUGCAUCUGCUCAGGCUGGUGCGUCAUCUGGCCCUCCAGCAUACUGAGAGUCUGAAUGUGAGGGCUCUGGUCCACCACGCCGCCCUGAGUGACCAGAGCCACGUUCUGGUGCGACGACUGGGCGAGGAGGGUGAGUCUGGGGUGGGCCGAUUCUGCCGCAUCCCCCUCUGUGGCGAUGAUGCUGAUCUCCUGGUUCUGACCCGGCACAAAGUUAAUGUUGUCCACGUCUCCCGUCACCACCAGCUGGAUCUCCUGUUGAGAGCUGGAGGGCAGCUGGUACUGCAGAAUGCUACGCACUUCCUCUGGCGGCGGUGGCACUGCGGCGUCCGCUGCAUCUGGUGAUGCUUCGGGUGUCGCGGCUCUUUCCUUGUUGUGUGACCUGGUGUGUGUUUUCAGAUUGUCCAGGCGCGUAAACGAGAGGCUGCAGAAGGAGCAAGUGAAGGGCUUCUUCCCCGAGUGAGAGGCGACAUGUCGUCGUCUCGCGCUGGGGUCUGAGAACGACUUGUUGCAGAUGUUACAGUCGUACGGCUUCUCUCCUCUGAAAAAGGACAUUUAGAUUUUAAUCAAGUUUGUUCACAAUGUUAAAGCUGCUUUAUUCAACAUUUUUUAUGUUAACAAUGGAUCAUAUCUAUAUUUUGCGCUUUAUAAAAUAUUGUACUUUUUACUCUACUACAGUUACUUGACAGCUUUGGUUUUAAGUUACUUGUAAGAUGAAGAUUUACAUUGAAAAACAUUUAAUACGAUUAUAAAAUUCGACAUUUUCUUAAAGAUUGAACCAGUUCACUUUUCGAAAAAGUGUCGAGUUGUACCUCGAAGUUUCAGAGUUGUUUCCACUAAGAGACAUCUCCCUCUAAACUGCUCCGGCAGAUUACAAAUAUCUUUACUUUAUUUAAACUUUAAUUACGUUUUGCUGAUAUUACAUUAUGUACUUUUACUUAAGUAGGAAUUUGAACACAAUAUAUUUUACUUACACUGUUGUACUUAAAUAAAGGCUCUGAAUACUUCUUCCUCUGUUGAGUGGAUGUCACACUAUGAAUAAAUGAAAGCUCUUUAAAUAUAAAUAGAUAAAAUGUACUUCUCACCUGUGUAUUCUGAUAUGAGUCUGCAGAGUGCUCUUGGCUGUGAAACACUUCCCACAGAUCUCGCAGGUGAAAGGCUUCUCACCUGUGAUAUCAUCGAUGUCAUCAAGUGCUUCCACAUAUUACAGUUUCACACAACUGAACAGUUUCAAUAGCUUGUCUGACUUUACCUGUGUGAGUUCUCAGGUGCUUCUUCAGCUGAGCCGUGUCCAUGAACUUGUGAUGACACUGAGCACAUUCUGGUAAAGAUUUGCCUUUAAUCAGAAACAAAGAACAAAGAACACAGUAUUCUGCUGUUAGAGUGACUGUUUUAAAAUGAACCUGCUGCUGUUGAAGUGAUUCUCACCUGUAUGAACUCGGUAAUGGCUUUUAAGUUGCCUCUUCUGAGUGAAGGUCUUCCCACAUUUAUCACAGCUGAAGGAUUUUCCUCCUGAGGAUGCCGGUAAAGAGGAUUCAUUUACAGCAGAGCAGUAGAGAACAAAGCACUGACAGACUAUUGUAUUUGGUGGUUAAUAGGAAAAGUAAUCAAUAUUAAUUUAAUUUCUGAAUAUGGUGUUGACCAAAUAUAUUUCACAUCACAAACGUACUGUAUAAAAAACAAUAUACAGUACAUGAGGUGAAAUCCAAAGAAUAGCAAAUGAAGCACUGACUUUAUACUUGUAUUACCUUCAUGGAGGUUCAUGUGCUCUUGUAGGGCGUGUUUGGUGGACAGCGCUUUGGAGCAGACGGUACAGACGAACGGUUUUUCUCCCGUGUGCAUGCGCUGGUGCACCAGCAGAGUGUGCUUCUGGGUAAAACUCUUUCCACAAACCAGGCACCGAAAAGGCUUCUCUCCUGGGGAAGCAAUCAUGAAACACAGUGAAGGAGAAGCAGCACUGAGGUUAAUGUGAUCGCUGUGUGUUAAUUAAACCAUAGUCAGUCCUAAUUGAACACGGAUAUAACAAUCUAUAACACACAAGUCCACAGAAAUGUUUGCAGUCGGAAGCUUGUUUCUUAAAAGUCUUCAGUCCUGUGCCAUGAAUCAUAACUCACGAGGCAGAUUACCUGUGUGAGUCCUCUGGUGAAUCUUUAAAAACAGGUGGUUUUUGAACACUUUGCCACAGUCCUCGCACCGGGGCUCCGUGUUGGGGUAUUUCCUUUUCCUGCCUCUCUUCCCAGGCUCUUCCCCUCCUGCUGUGUCGCUGCUGCUCACCUUGUAACUCUUGUAUUUCACCGGUGGCCUGAUUUUGCGUUUGCUCUUGCGGCUCUGGUCGGCUGCUGCGUUGCAAUCUGCAUCGUUUUUAGUACACGACUCUGUAACUACAUCACCACGGUCCAUAUUUCCAGCCAGUCUCUCCUCUGAGCUCACGCAUGUCACACUUCCCUCCUCCAACUCGGUCACAGGCACAUUUUUCUUUGGCCGUCCUCUUUUGCAUUUGGACAGAUCUGGAGCCACGGCCAUGUCAACCUUUACCUGCUCAGUUCUACUCGCUGCAGGAGAGCGCGAGAGUUGAGUGAGCACCUUGACGAGGUCGUGGACCUCCAUCAGACGAGCCGUGGC